AUGGACGCGGUCGACGCGCUUCGAGCUUUUUUCCUCUUCGCAGCUUGCAUGAUCUUCUCUGUUAGUCUGCCCGCUUCACUUCGGUCGCGCUUCAUCCCUUAUGGCGCUCGUGCAACAUCAACAGCUCCAGUCGAGUCGGAGACCUCUGCUUCCACGCCGACCCCAAAGUCGACCUCAGCCUCGCCCUCGAGGACGUCCGCGGUAACACGCGCCCUUGAUUAUGUUGCUACUUUUAGAGUCCCUCACAGCUACUUCACGCAGUUCUACGUCAUCUCGGUGCUGUCGUCGAUCUUCUGGGCUCUGCAGCUUCUGUCUCACGGGCGCGUGUUCCAGGCCUUUGCGACUCGAAUCCGGGCAGAGCACAUGCAGGAAGCAAUCUCGAUAAAUCAAGUUAUGCUGUGCUGUGGCUUGAUGCUGAUCCACGGGGUGAGACGGCUAAAUGAGUGUCUGAGCUUCUCAAAGCCGUCGUCGUCAAAAAUGUGGUUCGUUCAUUGGUUCGCAGGUAUCGGCUUUUACCUAGCGGUGACCGUUGCAGUCUGGAUAGAGGGAACAGGGACAAUUCUUACUCAUGAACUGAGUCUAGAUGACUUCAACCUCACGACACGUUUCUCUGGCCGGACGCUUCUGAGUAUUCCCAUCUUCAUCCUUGCAUCGGGUAUUCAACACGAUUGCCACCAUUAUCUAUUCUCAUUGAAGAAGUAUACCCUACCUACUCACCCCAUGUUCAGCAGGAUCGUAUGUCCACACUACACAGCCGAGUGCAUAAUAUAUCUAUCCCUGGCGCUGCUAGCCGCUCCAGAGGGCGAAACCGUGAACAAAACACUACUCUCUGCUCUUGUCUUUGUCGCGGUUAACCUGGGCGUCUCUGCCUCGACGACCCGAAAAUGGUACAAAGAAAAGUUUGGCGAAGCCGCAGUCCUGGGGAAAUGGAACAUGAUUCCAUUGGUUUACUAG